AUGGAGCAUGCGCGGCCUCCGCCAGAAUUGUGCCUGGAGGGUGGCCCGGCCGCGCGCGCCGAGGCGUGGCGCCGGUGGUACACGCAAUUCCAAGUAUUCCUAAAGGCUUCGGGUGUCUGUAAGGAAACAACUGACGUGCAAGCCAGUUUGCUGUGCGAGUUCAAGGACCUCGAGGAGAGCCUAAUGCGUGAUCGCAUAGUGUGCGGUGUGGCCAGCAGCAAAGUACGCGAUCGCUUGCUUAGGGCGGAGGAUCUAACUUUGGAUAAGGCGGUAAAGAUUACUCAGGCGAACGAGAUGUCAAGUGAAGAGAAGCGCGAAAUCGAGGAGUCUAAGGUUGCCGGGGCACCGUCAACGUCGGCAGUGGAUGUACUGUAUGGAACCUCGGGACAGUUUUCUGGGGGUGGCCGCGGCAGGCGCCCGCAGCGCUGGCGGGGACGCGGCGGCCGGCGCGGCGGCGGCGGCGGCGGCGGCGCGACGGCGCGCGGGGCCGGCAGCCCGAGCGCGGCGGCCCGCUCCUGCGCUGCCUGCGGGAGUACCUACUGCGACGGAGGUCAACGGUGUCCAGCGACAGGUGCAAAGUGUUUAUUGUGUGGUGGUGCAGGUCAUUUUAAGGUAAAGUGCCCAUUCAAAAGAUCAAACAAAGUGUAUCAAAUUGAGGAAGAGGACGGCUACGGUGACGACGACGAACUGUACUUCAUCGACGGGGUCGAUGUGGACUCUGAUUAUCAUAAAGACCGCAAAAAAUGGUAUGAAACUUUACUAGUUAGUGAUAAUCGUAGGGCCGAGACUUUUAAGCUUGAUACUGGCUCGGAUUUAAACGUUUUAUCAAUGAAAAAUUUCAAAAAAUUGGGUCUUGACAGUACUAGUAUAGAACCUGAUAAUAUUAGGGCCGAAUCAUUUUGCGGGAAUUUUGUACCUAUGAUCGGCUCGUGUAUUAUUAAUUGGUUAUAUAAAGAACGUUUAUAUCCGUUGCGGUUUGUUAUAUGUCGAGGUGAUAGAAAGAGUGUUUUGGGCAAAUAUGCUUGUGAGGACUUAGGUCUGGUAAAACGCAUAUAUUCACUAUCCUUAGAUCAUUAUGAGGAUCUCUUUCAUGGCCUGGGUAAAUUGCCGGGUGAGUAUACAAUUAGUAUUGAGGAAGGAGCGCAGCCGUCAGUCUGUCCGGUUCGCAAGAUACCUAUGGGCGUGCGUGACAAGCUACAGGGUGAACUAGAACGCAUGGUUAAAAUGGGGGUGAUUAGAAAAGUGUCCCACCCCACACCGUGGGUCAAUGCGAUUGUAGUGGCCGCGAAAAAAGACGGCAGUAUACGCGUGUGCCUCGACCCGCGGCCGCUCAACCGCGUUGUGCGCCGUGCUCGCUAUCCCCUCCCCGCGCUCGGCGAAAUUGCCACUAAGCUGCAGGGGGCGCGAUAUUUUAGCAAGCUUGAUGCUCGCUCUGGUUUUUGGAUGGUACAAAUAGAUGAUGCCAGUGCCGAUCUAUGUACAUUCGGGACACCAUUCGGUAGGUACCAGUUCUUACGCCUCCCGUAUGGUAUAAACUGUGCGUCUGAGGUGUUCCAUUCUAAAGUUCGUCAAAUUUUGGAGGAGCUGGAGGGAGUCGAGUCGUUCGUCGAUGACAUUAUAGUCUAUGGACGUACCUUAGAGAAACACGACGCAAGAUUGAAGUCAUUGCUAGAUAGAUCACGCGAGGUAGGUAUUAAAUUUAAUAAACAGAAGUGCGAAUUUAGGGUACAACAAAUUACUUAUCUCGGUCACACGUUUAGUCAUGAGGGUAUGCGCGUUGACGCUGAGAAGGUUAAGGCUAUCGAGAAGAUGCCUUCUCCACACGACCGAGCAUCUUUGGAAAGGUUUUUAGGUAUGGUGAAUUACUUAUCCAAAUUUAUACCUAACUACUCAGAAGUGGCGUCACCUUUACGAGCUCUGUUAAAAAAGGACUCGGAAUGGUGCUGGGAGCCGGAGCAUGAGGCAGCCGCCGGACAGCUGCGGGCGUUGGUGAGCGGCGCGCCUGUGCUGGCCCUGUACGCCCCGCGCGCUCCAGUGCUGGUCUCGGUGGAUGCUAGUCAGCACGCGCUGGGCGCUGUGAUCCUUCAAGCGGGCCGGCCUGUUGAGUUUGCGUCUGCCACGCUGACAGACGCACAGACCAGGUAUGCACAAAUUGAAAAGGAGCUUCUUGCCAUCGUCUUCGGACUGGAGCGAUUCCAUCAAUACGUGUACGCUCAUGGUGACGUCACAAUCGAGACGGAUCACAAACCUCUGGAGGCAUUGUUUUCAAAACCUUUAUAUUCUGUGCCAGCGCGUUUGCAAAGGAUGAUGCUUCGCAUACAGGGUUAUGAUUUCAAGGUCGUGUAUAAGCCAGAAAUGAUUGGUCGCGUGCACGACGGACACAUGGGCAUCGAUCGUUGUAAGCGGCACGCGCGUGACGUCAUGUUCUGGCCUGGAAUGAGUCGAGACGUGGAGCGCCGCGUGCGCCGCUGUGGGGCAUGCGCCGCGCGUGCGCCAAGGGCCCAGCGCGAACCCAUGCUGCCACAUGAUAUACCCGAUUUACCAUGGAUAAAGCCUGCUCUGGACCUCAAGUGCAUUUUCUCCGACAAGAACAAUGUCGUCGGCAAACAGCAUACACCAAGGUGCCUCCUCCUGUAUGUUCGAUGUCAGAGCAUCCAUAACCAGGAGGAACAAAUAUGGGCUUAA